GCCAGCCAGCUCCAUCCCACGGGUUUCCCCGAGCCCGGCUCCGCCGCUCCUCCUCCCCCGCUCCCCGGCGCCGCCAGCCCCAGCGCCGCGGCUGCGGCAGCGGGCGGGGCGGAGGGACCGGCCGGGACCGCGGGGACAGCGGGCGGGAGGUGCCCUCCAACCCCCCUGGAGCUGAAGAUGGACGUGAAGAGGGUGAAGGACUACCUGUACUGGCUGUACUACCAGUACCAGCUGGUGACGUGCAGCUACGUGCUGGAGCCCUGGGAGCAGUCCAUGUUCCACACCAUCACGGUCACCGUGCUGGCCAUGGUGGUGUACACCGCCUACGUCUUCGUGCCCAUCCACGUCCGCCUGGCCCUGCAGUUCUUCUCCCAGAUCUUCGGGCCCCAGCCCGAGAGCGCCGUGCUGAACUGAGCCGGGCCCAGCAGGGCCCAGCAGCUCUGUGAAAUGGUUCACAAAUGGUUCGCGUUGAGGUUUGGCUCUUAGGAAAACCCUGCUUGCUUCACCUGCGGGGCUGGAGAGCAGAGCGAGGCACCGAGCCCUGUCCCGUGAACACUCUGGGAAUGGCACACAGCUCCUGGAAUGGCACAGGAUCCACGCAGCUCCCACCUCCAGCAGCAAACCCCAUUUCCUGUUUCAUUCUUGCUCAGCCAGUCUCUUUCCCAGUGCUGCUUUAGGAUCUGUUGCUUUGAGGGACAGCAAAGCUCUGCUGCCCCAAACUCACUGUGAACACCACACUGCAGGGAUGUGAUGUGGCCAAGCCUCUCUGGCCUGGCAUUUUAGGCAGCACAAGUGUAGAGGAAAAUGGGACAUUGGGAGGGUUUCCAGCAGGGAAAUCUGAUGAAUUCCCUAUGGACUGAUCUGCUUGGAACGUCCUUAAACCCCAAAAUAAUGGAAUCCUUCUGUAAAACCUUCAGCACUUUCUUAUCAUUCUGUUUUCUCUAAAUAGAUGCUUUUAGCCUGCAUUUAAAGAUUGUUUCCAAUGCCAAAAAGCACAUUUAACAAUGAACAGUGGAAGCAAACCCUAUUUCCUAUUUAAUUCCUGCUCAGCCAUUCUCUUUCCCAAGUAGAACCGGGAACAAUGAAUGCAUAAAGGCAUUACCCAAGAGCAAAAUCUUUCCUAGACUUGUAAUUUCCAUUAAAUAUUCUUUUAAUCUGUAAUGUUUUUCAUUUCUUUGGAAAUGAGCGGCAUCCAACCACUCUGGCAGAGGCUCUUUUGGUGGCUCCUCACACCCAAAGUUCUACCAACACAGUGCAGGGGCCAGGUUAGAGGAGACAAAAAAUGAGGAUCUCCAGCAGGAUUGGAGUGAUGGUGUCUGGCUGGUUGGUGACUUCCAGGCUUCAAUGGAUGGGAGAGGAACUUGGAAGAAAAAGCAACAGAAGGAUGAACUCAAAUCCAUCUUUUUUCACGCCUAAGUUCCUGCGUCUGGGUUCAGAUGGUCUAACAUAUUUUCUUUUUGGAAAAAAAUUCUCCACCUCAUCUUGCAGUUCAAUGAGGAUGACAGGAAGAAGCAGCCCUGCUCUGUCUCAGUGCCCUCCUGCCUUCUUUGAUGAAAAUCAAAAUCUUUUCUUGCUGCUCCCACUCACCAAGGUAGCAAAGUGCAAAUCAGCACCAGGCAAAGAGGAUCCAGAGUGGAAAUAAUAUUUUAAUACCUGCAGGGAAGGCUUAGAGAGAUCUCCUUUACAAAGAAGAAAUUAGAUUUAUUACCAUUGCCUGUGGGGAGGUUGUGGAACAAUGGGAGGUUUGUUUGGUUUUCACUCUACACAAAUCAAACGUGGGUGCCAAAUCAUAAAUUACAGCUGCACUCUGCACGUCUCUACCAGCUGAUGCUCCCGUUAGUAGAAGUGAGAGGAGCAAAAUGUAAAUAGCUUUCAAAUGAUGUUUGCACAGUUCUAGAUUAAAAAGAAAACCCUCUCAACUCCUUUCUCAAGCUGCAGUGGGCUCCUGCAUGCUUCAGAGCACACAUUUGUUUGGAAACGAAGACAUGUGGUGAAGGUUGCCCAGAUCUGAACAUGUGUAUGCAGUUUUUUCAGCCAAAAAAUAAAAUUUUAUUCUUCAGAAACGA